AAUCUAGUGGACAGGACGCGUCUUCAACAACAACAGCUAGUCAUCCACCUCGGCAGCUUGCUAGCUAACAGCUGAAACACUAUAUUUCUUGAGCCACUGUCGGUGUAUUUGUGUUUGAAACACAAGUCUGUCGUAUAGCUGGUUGCCGCAUUUAAUUUCAUUUUACGCUGCUAGUAGUCAGCUAGCUGACUGGUUAAAUCAGAAGUAGCACUUGGCUAAUCAUUAAUGCUAACCAGCUAACGUUAGCUAACUAACAUCCCGACCAUGAGUUCACUAAGCUACUCUCCUGAUAAAGAAGAGGUGGUCUGCUGGACGGAGAAAGAAGCUCUGGUGAAAGAGGAGGAGGGAGAGGAGGCUGUCACAGUUAAACAAGAAGUAGAGGAUGAGGCUGUUACAGUUAAACAAGAAGAGAAAGACGUUACCGUGAAAGAAGAGGAAGAAGCUUUCGGAGUGAAGGAGGAGCAGCAGGCUGCAGUGUUUGGCGUGAAAGAGGAGGAGGGGGAGUUGACGGUCACAGUGGAAGAAGUGUUUGGAGUUAAGGAAGAAGGGGAGAUUGCUGUCACAUUGGAUGAGGAAGAGGGAGAAUUAGAGAAGACUGGAAAUCUGAUUAACACCAGAGAGAGACCAGACUCUCACUCUGACAGCGGGAAGAGUCCUUCAGGGGAACCAGACCCAGAGACGCCCAAACCAGCAAGACAGCAUCACUGCUCCCACUGUGGAAAGAGUUUUACCUGGUUAGGGUACCUAAAACAGCAUGAGAGGACACACACAGGAGAAAAGCCUUUCCAAUGUUCCCAGUGUGGAAAGAGUUUUACUGUGUUAGUCAACCUGAAAAGGCAUGAAAAACUACACUCUGGAGAAAAGCCAUUCCAAUGUUCCCAGUGUGGAAAAAGUUUUACCCGGUUAGGACACUUAAAAGAGCAUGAAAGGACACACACAGGAGAAAAGCCUUACCACUGCUCCCAAUGCGAAAAGAGAUUUUCACGAUCAGGGGAUCUAAAAAGUCAUGAGAGGACACACACAGGAGAAAAGCCUUACCAAUGUUCUCAGUGUGAGAAGAGUUUCACCCAGGUAGGGAACCUGAAAAUACAUAACAGAAUACACUCUGGAGAGAAGCCGUACCAUUGCUCCCAAUGUGGAAAGAGUUUUACCUGGUUAGGGAGUCUGAAUUCGCACGAGUGGACACACAGAGGAGAGAUGCCUUACCACUGCUCCCAAUGUGAAAAGCGUUUUAGCCAGUUGGAGCACCUGAAAUCACACGAAAGAACACAUUCAGGAGAGAAGCCUUUCCACUGCUCUCAUUGUGGAAAAACAUUUUCCCAGUCAGAGGACCUGAAAUCCCAUGAGAGAAUAGAGAGGCUGUGUUCUGACUUAUGUUUUUGACUGGAAAUGUGUGUGUUUUGAAAUCAUAUUGUUUAUCUGAAACCUGACUGACAUAUUGUUUUUAUAUGAAACCAAAAUAAGCCUACUCUUGUUUUUCUUCAUCCCGAGACAUGUUCAAUGAAAAAUAUCUCUAAGUCUGGGUAGGCUGGGUGGGAGGUAACCCAAUGGAUAUGUCUGGGUAGCCUUUUGACCUUUUAUUAAAACAGGUUUGGCUUCAUUGGUGGAUAGAUGAUUGUAGAUGCAAGGAUGGUUUUCCUAGGUUAUCGAAAGGAAACUGUGUCUGGAAACUGUGUCAAACAAGGCAUAUCUACAUGGGCAUUACAUGAAAUGCACUUCAACAAAGUCAACCAAAUCUAUAUAUAUAUAUAUAUAUAUAUAUAUAUAUAUAUAUAUAUAUAUAUAUACACAAUAUGAAUCAACACUUGGUAAGGUUUCUAGCAGUAAACGGGCUUUGAAUAUUAUGUAGAACUCUUAAUCAGAGGUGAUAAUAACAAAACUAAAGAGUUACACUUAUUUGUAUUGCUUUUAAUCUUUUUAAUGAAUUUAUCUUAUUAACACUUUGUUCUAGCUAGCUAUUUGUGUAGGUAGCUAUCAAGUAAACGCAAUGACCAAGAGUAUGUGGACACCUGUUGUCAAACAUCUCAUUCCAAAAUCAUGGGCAUUAAUAUGGAGUUGGUCCCCCCCUUUUGCUGCCGUAACAGCCUCCACUCUUCUGGGAAGGCUUUCCACUAGAUGUUGGAACAUUGCUGCUAUAUCAGCCUCCUCCACUCUUCUGGGAAGGCUUUCCACUAGAUGUUGGAACAUAGCUGCUAUAACAGCCUCCUCCACUCUUCUGGGAAGGCUUUCCACUAGAUGAUGGAACAUUGCUGCUAUAACAGCCUCCUCCACUCUUCUGGGAAGGCUUUCCACUAGAUGCUGGAACAUAGCUGCUAUAACAGCCUCCUCCACUCUUCUGGGAAGGCUUUCCACUAGAUGUUUGAACAUUGCUGCUGGGACUUGCUUCCAUUCAGCCACGAGAACAUUAGUGAGGUCGGACACUGAUGUUGGUCGAUUGGGCCUGGCUCGCAGUCGGCGUUUUCAAUUUAUCCCAAUGGUGUUUCGAUGGGGUUGAGGUCAGGGCUCUGUGCAGGCCAGUCAAGUUUUCCCACACCGAUCUCAACCAACCAUUUCUGUAUGGGCCUCGCUUUGUGCAUGGGAGCAUUGUCAUGCUGAAACAGGAAAGGGCCUUCCAAAUACCUUGCCACAAAGAUGGAAGCACAGAAUCAUCUAGAAAGUCAUUGUAUGCAGUGGCGUUAAGAUUUCCUUUCACUGGAACUAAGGAGCCCGAACCAUGAAAAACAGCCCCAGACCAUUAUUGCUCUACCACUAAACUUUGACUAUAUGUAUUGGGACAGGUAACGUUCUCCUGGCAUCCACCAAACCCAGACUCAUCCGUCGGACUGCCAGAUGGUGAAGCGUGAAUCAUCCCUCCAGAGAAUGUGUUUCCACUGAUCCAGAGUCUAAUGGCGGUGAGCUUUACACCACUCCAGCCGACCAUUGGCAUUGCACAUGGUGAUUUUAGGCUUGUGUGCGACUACUCAUCCAUGGAAACCCAUUUCAUGAAGCUCCCGACGAACAUUUCUUGACGUUGCUUCCCGGAGGCCGUUUGGAACUCGGUAGUGAGUGUUGCAAGCGAGGACAGAGGAUUUUUACGCGCUACGUGCUUCAGUACUCCCCUACUACUUCGUGGCUGAGCCAUUGUUGCUACAAGAAGUUUCCACUUCACAAUAACAGCACUUACGGUUGACCGGGUCAGAAAUUUGACAAACUGACUUGUUAGAAAGGUGGCAUCCUAUGACGGUGCCACAUUGAAUGUCACUGAGCUCUUCAGUAAGGCCAAUGUUUGUCUAUGGAGAUUGCAAGGCUGUGUGCUUGAUUUUUAUACACCUGUCAACAAUGGGUGUGGCUGAAAUAAACAAAUCCACUCAUUUGA